GAUUACAGGCGUGAGCCACUGUGCCCAGCCUUGUUUUGUUUUUUUAUAUGCAUUUUUGCAAUUGCAUCUGCAAGUUUAGAGCUUGCUUUUCUCCUCUGUAUUCAUUGCUACAUCCAGCCUUGGGUGGGUCCUCCCAAGGUGUCUGAUGGCUGAGCAGAGGUCUGUGGACAUCAGUGGGCCCAGUCCCCAGCUGCAGCCUCCUGUAUCCUGCCUGCUGCCUUGCCCACAAGCCUCAGUCCACCCCACUGCCUCCUCCCCUCCCUCUUCCGUUCCUUUUCCCCCAGGCCUUCCCUUGGCUCCCACCGCUCGUCCCUCCUGCCCAGUCUGUGAGACUCAAGCUCCCGUCACAACUGCCCCCCACCUUCGGCCUCCUGAAGGUCGGUGCCCCUCUGCUCAGCCCUCCCCAGGGGUCUUGUGCCCCUGAAUCCUCAUCAGUAGAAGCUGAUCACACCCCCUUCACCCCAUCCCUCAGGAUCCAGAAAUAGGGGAUCCUCCUUCCCCAGUGCUGCUUCCGGACCACAGCGUCCCCAUAGAAGCACUUGGCUCCUUCACUGGACUCCCAUCCUCAGCCCAUUGUGUUGCUGUCUCCAGCAGCCAGCUGCCCUGGCCAGUCACCUGGGCACAAAGGGCUUGGUUCCUCCCGUUUCCCAGCCCAUUCUACCCGAAGAACUGCUGUGUCCCAGGCUUUGCUGUGCCCAUGUGGUUAACGGCUGCCCUCUCGCUUUGCCCUUUUACCCUUGUCUUAGUUCUCCAUCUCCUCUCCAUCAGCCUUCACCUUCAGCCGCCUCGGUCACCUGCUGCCACGCCACAGCCCGGGCCCGGAACUGCUCUCCCUGGAGGUCUUCAGCCAAAGGCCCAGUCUCUCUGACCUCACCUUCCAGCCACCUUGCUCACUUCAUUUUGGCCCUGGCCAGUACCUGUGUACUGUCUCCCCACCUGGCCACCUUCCUCUUGGCCUUGGGCUUGUGCCCUGUGGUCCAUCACAUCACCUGUCCCUUGUCAGUGUCAUUCACUCGUUCAUCCGUUCAUUCAUUCAUUCGAUCGUUCGUUCAUUCAUUCAACAAGCAUUUCUGAGGCCUCUGUGUGGCAGGCCCCGUUCUGAUUGCUGGCCUAGAGUAAUGACAAGACACACUUCCUACACUCUCAGGACAUGUGUGUCACAGGCAAAAACUGAGCAACUCAACAAAUAAAAAGCAGAAUGUGGUGCUGGGAAGGUUAGAAACAGCUCCCCCAUGUGGAGGAAAGGGAAGCCUCCCAUGGUAGUUCCUUAGCCAAGUUGUUCCCCUCUCCCCUGCCUCUCCAGCUACAAAGCAAAAGGUUCUGUGAGGAUCAGGCAGUUUGACAUCUAGCUGUGUGGUUCUCUCAAAUACCCUUGGGGGAACUGCUGCCAGUGACCCCCAGAACUGACCCCAGUGCUUGCAGUGUGGUUUUAGCAGGACCGGGUAUUCCGUCUCCCUUGGUGCCCCUCUGCUGUUCAGGUAGCCCAGGAUCCCACUGAUCGAUUAGCCACCAUCUCACAAUUGACCAUGCUUGUGGUCCACUAGACCCUUCAGAUUGUUUUCCGUUGUGACACCUUGGCCUUGACUCUGUCCUCUUUUCUGUGUGUGGCGUGUUGUGCCGACGGCGGCUCUCCAACUCCCAUCCCCACCCUCUCCCCAACUCCAGCUCUACUCACACACUCCAGUUCUUUCAUUUCCCCAGUAUAAAGGCUGAGCUCCUGGUUCCGCCCUGGGCCCUGGGGAUAUAAACAUUUGCCAGAUUCUUCCUCGGCCCCAAGUCUCCUGGGGGAAACUGAGGGCUAAUUCAAGUGGAGUAAGUGGUGAGAUUUGGGUAGAAGUGAAGCCUGGUCCUGUGGUGGCCAUGGUGCAGGGCUGCGGCAUGACCAGCCGUCCGUGUCGUCCAGGUCACUAAUGCUCAAGGCACAAUCCCUGGCCCAGCAGCCUGUCGCCUGGGAGGUGGUUAGGAAUGCAGAAUCCCAGGCCCACAGAGCCCUGAUAAACCAGGAGUUCUGGGAGGGGGUCCAGCAAUCUGUGUGUUAAGUCCUGAGGGUAAGUCUGUGCUCACUCAAGUCUUGAGAACCACGGGUCUGGGUGAGAGAUAUGGUAGCUGGGCUGAGAUCCUGGCGGUGGGACUGGAGGGGAAGGGUCCCGGGGUGUUUGGGAAGCAGAAUCGACAGGCUUUGGUGAUUGGGUGUGGAGGAGUGAGGGGGAGGCGGGCGUCAGGGGUAGCUCCAAGGUUUGGCUUAGGUGACUUCAGAUCUCCAAUCACCAAGCCCUCUCUGGUCCUGGCUUCUCCACCUGCUCCUGCGCGUCUUGCGUCUUCUCCUGUGUACCUCCAGUGAGGAGUGGUCCCCACCACCCUCCCCAUCAGUGCACUUACGAAGUGCUCACAUCUUCACAAACAAGCCAGCACCCAGCCCAGCCCUGGUAGUCAGGGCGGUUGCCACAGCAAUUGACAUCAGCGACCUGGUCCCCAAGGAGCCUGCCACCUUCCGCCUGCCUGCAGGGCCUGCAUUAUCGCUUCUGUGGGGACCGGAGUGGAGGCAGAUGGGGACUCUCACCCCUCACACACACCCCAUUUUGAGAACUGGGUGGGGCUGGGAAGAGCCAGUGGCAAAGGGAGGGGAAGAGGGAAGGGCAGAAAGUAGGCGGGGCCCCCCUUUGGUGGCCUCUUCUCUCCACGGCCCCAGGCUCCAGCCCACUUGGGUCCUUGGCGUUGGUGGCAGCAGCACUUGGGCCAUGGCGGAGGACAGGCCGCAGCAGCCGCAGCUGGACAUGCCACUGGUCCUGGACCAGGGCCUGACCAGGCAGAUGCGGCUACGCAUGGAGAGCCUGAAGCAGCGCGGGGAGAAGCGCCAGGAUGGGGAGAAGCUGCUGCGGCCAGCGGAGUCUGUGUACCGCCUCAACUUCACCCAGCAACAGCAGCUGCAGUUUGAGCGCUGGAAUGUCGUGCUGGACAAGCCGGGCAAGGUCACCAUCACAGGCACCUCGCAGAACUGGACGCCUGACCUCACCAACCUCAUGACACGCCAGCUGCUGGACCCCACUGCCAUCUUCUGGCGCAAGGAGGACUCGGAUGCCAUGGAUUGGAACGAGGCUGACGCCCUGGAGUUUGGGGAGCGCCUGUCAGACCUGGCCAAGAUCCGCAAAGUCAUGUACUUCCUCAUCACCUUUGGCGAGGGUGUGGAGCCCGCCAACCUCAAGGCCUCCGUGGUUUUUAACCAGCUCUGACAGCAGCUGCUGGCUGCUGCUCUCCUCUAGCCCACCUGUGCUCUCCCCUGCCCCUGCCACCUUCCCCCCUGUAUUUUUGGGGCCCUUAUUCUCGCUGCUCAGCCUGUCCUCUGCUUGCCCAGAGGCCCCCUGAGUCCCACACCCUUCUUCCUCUGCUUCUCCCUGGUGCCAGCACUCCAGCUCACAGGAAGAAGAUUCCAAGGCUCCAUAGCCUAGAAGUUGGACUGGCUGCUGCAUUGCUAUAGAUGAUGGAGGCCUACUUGGGGCCAGUGUGCAUGGACAGGGAGGCCAGGGCCAUCUGCCUUCUCUCUGCUUCAUUGUGGGAGAGAGAGACUGAGACAGACCAAGAGAGACACAGAGACAGAGAUUGAAAAACCCAGCAUCCACUUCCUCCAGAGUCAGGGAGAUGGAGAUGAUAGGGCAGUCUCCACAGGGAGUCCAGCAAGCCGGCAUUCACUGCUCCCUGGCCUUGGUGCCCUUUGCCAGAGCCUGUGUCUGGGCUGCUGGUCCCAUAACGCGUUGGCAACCCUCAGGAUGUGGGGCAGAGUUGCUGCAGGGGCAGAUUUGGGCAGUGGAGAGUGGCUGGCACCCUGGAGGCUGUGUAGGCCCAGCUGUGGCUCUUCUGGGCCUGAAUUCAAGGUGGAGAAGUGAAGGGGGAGGUUACACAGAGAUCUGUCUCUCCGCACACAUAUCCAUGAGAGAGAGUGUGCUGUAUUCAUAUGGAUGUAUUCUAGAGGUCUAUUCCUGCCCUAGGAACAAGUGCAGUUUUAGAUUAUCUGUUGGUCAUUGCUGCUGGUUCAAGGAUGGCUCUUAACAGGGGCCUGGUCCUGAUGACCUUGGCGUGGGGGCUUCCGGAGCUAGGAGACUGCAGUUCAGACAGUGAAACAGGGAGCGGAUUAGUAAAGGAGGUUCCCUUUGCCUUGGGGGAGGUUGGAGCUGGAGAGAGUAGAUUCUCCAGGGCCCCAAGUAUCCCCUGCUGGGGAGUCAGGCUCUUUUGAGCUUGCAGGUCAGGGAAGGCAAGUGCUUCGUCCUGACGUAGCAUCUGUUGGCAUUUCUUGGGCUUCUUCAGUGCAGCUGAGGGGGGCAGGGCGAAGGCGUGGUGAGCAGUUAUGAUGGCUGAUAGUCCCAAGUGGGCUGCAGAUGGCAGUGGUGUGACGGCAGAAUGCUAACCUCUGAGGUCGUUGGGUGCAACUCACCAAACAGAUGGGGAAACUGAGGCACAGUUUUCAUCAGAUUCAGUUCUAGCUCUGAGCCUCAUUCCCCUUUGCAUUGCGCAGUCCCAGAGAGCCCCCCCAUUUUGGGGGAGUGCCUGACCUACACCUAACAUCAGCCAAGUACAGCUAAGCCACUGUCCCCAGCACCCUGACUUAAGGCCAGCCCUGUGUUUUGUCCUCAGCCAGUCAGGGAUGUGUCCAAGACAUUUCCCGUCAUGAAGCAGAGCUGUCAAGGAACUUGCGGCUCUGGAACAGAUGCACUGAGGGCCAGAGGGUCAGGGCCAUCCCCUGUGGCUGGGGCUGCCGGGAGAGUGAGCCCCACCUCAGAGGUGUGCAGGCUGGAGCAGCAUGCUGGAGCUGAGAUUCUGUGGAUGGGAGAGUGGGAGAGUGGGAGAGUGGCUGUGGGCUGAGCACUGGUCCUUUCUGACUCACAGCUCUGGGGCCCAUUCCGGGACAGGCUUGAAGAAGUCCCGGCCAUCGCCUGCCCUGCUGAGCAUGAGGGGAGGCCAGACCCGUGCGCAAUGGCCCUGCCCUUCUGCCUCUUUGCUUGAGUUCUCCCUGCAGCUCUGGGGACCCUCUUAGUCCCGACUGCCUGUCUCCCCAGCCCAUCUGUCCCGGGGCCUGAGUGCCUCUGCUGUGCCUGCUGCAGGUCCCCAAUAAAGCCUGUGCCCUGGC